AUGGGUACUUCACAUUGUCGCCAUCGUCAUGGCAUCAUUUUGCUUCUAGCUUUGUUUCAUUCAUAUGUGUUUGGUUUUGAUUCGAAGAUCGAUGUUUCUGAUGAUGCAAAAGGCAUCAAAAUCGACAGAAAACGUUUUAUCUCUAGUUCCAAUAAUUCCAAUCAAUCUAGCAAGGAAUAUACAGAGUGUACAAAUCAAGAACCUGAUCCUGGUCCGAUGACUCGUAUAUCUUGCGAUAAGCCUAGAUAUGUUAUUACAAAGAUUGAUUUCGCUGAUUAUGGAAAUCCCUCUGGUACAUGUGGACAAUUUCGACAUGGUAAUUGUGGUGCACCAGCUACCUUGAGGCUCGUCAAAAAGAAUUGUCUUGGAAAAGAGAAGUGCGCGCUUUUGGUUACGGACGAGAUGUUUGGUCCGAGUUAUUGCAAGGGAACUCCUAUGCUCGCUGUUCAAACCACUUCCAAUACAGAAGAAGAAACCAGCUUCCAAUGGACCUCAAUCGCAAGCACAAGAUACAGUCCACCUCUGUUCCCGAUUGUUAGUCCAACUGGUAGUUUGCUGUUUGGAGAUCGUUUUGGAUUUGUUGCUCUUCAAGUGUUCUUCCUCCAUCAUGGCCUACAAACUGAGGCUUCUACCCAAGAAAUCCAACAUGAGUUUAUCCGCGAAUUUGGUCGCCUGGCCGCCGUUGGUCAGGUCCGGUUCCGCCAUUUCCCGGUAUGGGUUUGUUACAUAGUUGUAGGAAUUCCAAGACGUGUGCUACUUGACUAUCAAGUAGUCCAUAUCUCGCAAUUCGAGAAUCAUGAUGAGUUUGACCAUGCUCUCGAGGCCAAUAUACUCUGGAACCCGAUAUUAGUUGUUAUUACUGUGGUUGUUGAUCACUCCAUGGGCAUCCAGCUUAUCUUGUAA